AUGGGUAACGCUGCCGCGACAAAAAAAGGCGAACCAGCGGAUGUCAAGGCGUUUCUUGAUGAUGCCAAGAAAGAAUUUCUGGACAAAUGGGAAAAACCGACUCAGAACACGGCAUGUCUUGAUGACUUCGACAGGAUUAAGACACUUGGAACUGGAUCCUUUGGUCGUGUUAUGUUGGUUCAGCAUAAAGCCAAGAAAACUUACUACGCUAUGAAGAUAUUGGACAAACAGAAAGUUGUGAAGCUUAAACAAGUGGAACAUACAUUAAAUGAAAAACGAAUCCUGCAGGCUAUAAGUUUUCCUUUCCUCGUGAAAUUAAAUUAUCAUUUUAAGGACAACAGCAAUUUGUAUAUGGUUCUGGACUUCAUAAAUGGUGGUGAAAUGUUUUCGCACUUACGAAAAAUUGGUCGAUUUAGUGAAAGCCAUGCACGCUUCUAUGCCAGUCAGGUUGUACUUGCAUUUGAGUACUUGCACCAUCUCGAGUUGGUUUAUCGGGACCUCAAACCUGAAAACAUCCUGAUUGAUGAACAUGGAUAUCUUAAGAUCACUGACUUCGGUUUUGCCAAGCGAGUUAAGGGUCGAACUUGGACUCUCUGUGGCACUCCUGAGUACUUGGCACCCGAAAUUAUCCUCAGCAAGGGUUAUAACAAAGCAGUCGAUUGGUGGGCUCUGGGCGUGUUAGUCUACGAAAUGGCUGCUGGUUAUCCGCCAUUCUACGCAGAUCAGCCGAUUCAAAUCUACGAGAAGAUCGUUUCUGGAAAGGUCCGAUUCCCGUCUCAUUUCAGCUCCGAUUUAAAGGAUCUGCUUCGUAAUUUGCUUCAAGUUGACCUAACCAAGCGUUAUGGAAACCUGAAAAACGGGGUCAACGACAUCAAAAACCACAAAUGGUUCGCCACUACCGAUUGGUUCGUCAUCUACAAAUGUGAGGCGGAGGCGCCUUUCAUUCCAAAAUGCAAGGGUCCCGGUGAUGCGGACAACUUUGACGAGUACGAAGAAGAGCCGCUUCGCAUCUCGGCGACGGAGAAGUGCGCCAAGGAUUUUGCAGACUUCUGA